UUGUUUCAUGCCAGUGUUUGUAAAAGUGUCUCACAUGGUUCUGUCUUCAUUUGUAACUCUUCUUUCAUUGUGUUUGUGUUUGCACGCCCUUGACUCUCUCACACGCGCUCCUGGCUGCGUGCCUGGAAUACAAGGCAGAGCAUUAUGGGACGAGAAGAAAAGAGGUCUUUGCUGUAUCCAGGGGCAACACAGGUGACAGGAGGAUAAGCGGCGAUGUCUUGGAGGACACCUUUGUGCUGCGUUCCAUGCGCCUCAGGCUCGCGUGAAGACUUUCACAGCCCUGACAGGCUUUCCACCAGAUGCUGGAACCUGGCUGCAAGGAUUUGCUCCAACAGUGAUGCUGGAUGAUAAGAUGCAGCUCACAGUCAGCAUCCCAGUUCACCCCACAGGAUGAGAGUGCCCCCUCCCAUGGGGCAUAAGGGGUCACUGAAUGGUCCAAGUAUGACAGCGCUGAAGACAUGGAGAAGAGGAUGCCAAAUUACACUAGGACAAGUCAUGCAAAGAUGAGUUCCUUCAGUACAAGGGCUCUGACGUUGCUCUCGUCGGUUUUCGGGGCCUGUGGUUUGCUGCUGGUGGGCGUUGCUGUGUCAACAGACUACUGGCUUCUGAUGGAGGAGGGAAUCGUCCUGCAGCAGAACCAGACCACCGAGGUCAAGAUGGCGCUGCACUCUGGCCUCUGGAGGGUCUGCUUUGUGGCAGGACCAGAGAAGGGCAGAUGUGUGGCGUCAGAGUAUUUCACUGAGCCAGAGAUAGACAUCACAACUGAAAAUACAGCAAACAUCCUCAAAAUGGUGCGGACCGCCACUCCCUUCCCCAUGGUCUCCCUGCUCUUCGUCUUCACCGCCUUCGUCAUAAGCAACAUCGGACACAUCAGGCCGCAGCGCACCAUCCUCGCCUUUGUCUCUGGGAUAUUCUUCAUACUGUCAGGUCUCAGUCUGGUGGUGGGUCUGGUCUUGUAUAUCUCCAGCAUUAACGACGAGGUGAUGAACCGACCCAGAGAGCCAGAGCAGUUCUUCCACUACCGCUACGGCUGGUCCUUCGCCUUCGCUGCCUCCUCCUUCCUGCUCAAAGAGGGAGCAGGAGUGAUGUCCGUCUACCUCUUCAUGAAGCGUUACACUGAAGAGGAGCUGUACAGGCCUCACCCCGCCCUCUACCGCCCCCGCAUGUCCGACUGCAGCGACUACAGUGGCCAGUUCCUCCAUCCUGACUCCUGGCCUCCAACACAGAGGGGCCGCAGUGCCUCUGACGUCUCCUCCGAUAUCUCCAUCCAGCUUAAUCAGACUCCACCUCCACAGCCUGCUACCAAGGGUGGCAGCAGCUCCCAGCCAACGCCCUCCUCUUCUGGGCCCUCCUCAGCGGCUAGCUACCAGCUCCAGCCGGCCUCUUCCUCCUCAACCUCCUCCUCCUAUCCACACCCCCUUCACCCAGCCACCACCUCCACCCUACCCAGGGCCUCCCACGGUCACCCUCAGCCUCACCCCCACCCGAGUGGACCCCCACCCCAGUCCAUGCCAAUGGUGGUGCCGCCUUCUGCUGUGCCUCCUCCCCGCUACCACACGCUAAUGCGAAUGAAUGCCUCGCCAUGCUAGGCUCCAUAUGUUGGGAACAGGA